CCCCGACGCACCACAAAGCUCCCCUCCCCUUAAAAUUCUUACUUUGUUCCUCCGCCUUGCUUUUCCCUCCCGCUUCCGACUCCUCCCCCACCGCUCCCCAUGUCGGCGGUGUAGGCGGACACGGCGGAGCCGGCGGCGGAGUGCAGAGGCAAGCCAGGGUCGUAGGCGCUCGCGAGGACAUGGCGGCGCCCUCCUCUUCAGCCGGGUUCGGGGGCAUGUCGUCGGACAACGCCAAGGGCCUGGCCCUCGCAGUGUCGUCCAGCGCCUUCAUCGGCGCCAGCUUCAUCGUCAAGAAGAUGGGGCUCAGGAGGGCCGCAGACUCCGGCGUCCGCGCAGGUUAUGGAGGGUAUUCUUACUUAGUGGAGCCACUUUGGUGGAUAGGCAUGAUUUCAAUGAUUGUUGGCGAAAUAGCUAAUUUUGCUGCUUAUGCAUUUGCUCCUGCUAUUCUUGUCACUCCUCUUGGAGCACUCAGUAUAAUCAUCAGUGCUGCACUUGCUCAUUCCAUUCUACAGGAGAAACUGCACACAUUUGGUAUACUUGGUUGUGUUCUUUGUGUAGUCGGAUCGAUCACAAUUGCACUUCAUGCUCCACAGGAGCGUGAUAUUGAUUCUGUAAGGGAAGUUUGGGAUCUUGCAACUGAGCCAGCUUUUCUUUCAUAUGCGACUAUAGUAGUGGUGGCAGCCCUGGUUCUUAUAUAUUUUGUUGUCCCUCAACAUGGACAAACAAACAUCAUGGUGUACAUUGGAGUCUGUUCUCUUCUAGGAUCUCUCACCGUUAUGAGUGUAAAGGCUCUUGGAAUUGCAUUGAAGUUAACAUUCUCAGGAGUGAACCAAUUAUUCUAUCCUCAGACUUGGGCUUUUGCUCUAAUUGUUGCUACCUGCGUAAGCACCCAGAUAAACUAUCUAAACAAGGCAUUGGACACCUUUAAUACAGCAGUUGUCUCACCAAUAUAUUACGUGAUGUUUACCUCGCUAACAAUUAUAGCCAGUGUGAUAAUGUUCAAGGAUUGGGAUCGGCAAAAUCCAACACAGAUUGUCACGGAAAUGUGUGGUUUUGUGACCAUCCUUUCUGGAACAUUUCUCCUUCACAAGACGAAGGACAUGAAUGACAGUACUGGGCCGACUUUGUCUACACGACGCUCAAAGCAUGCUAGUCAGACUGCAUUUGCCAUUGAGGUUCUUCCACUAAAAUAUCAAGAUUGUGUGGAUGAGGAGACCUUGCCACUGUCACUCCCCAAGGCUGAUAAUCACUACCUAAUGCAAGAGCUUCCUCUUAGAUACAAAGACUUGAAUAUUGCCUGAUGGACAUUCCUUUGCCCAUAUGUGCUAGGAACCUCUUAGCAAAGUUUGCCGUGCACAGUUUCAGGCAGGAUUGGUUGAUGAGGAACUGAACUUGGAGGUUUUAUCUCAUCUUUGCUGUUGGAUAGAAUGCGGUUAUGGAAAUUACAAGUUGAUAGUAUUAUCCUUGCUCCUUCCUGGAUUACAAUUUCACCUUUUAUAAGGAGAAAACGAGGGAUGAUGUCAAACAUGAGGUCAGUCAAGGGAUGGUUACUCGGGAAUACCAACCAGUUCUGGAAAACCGGAUGAAGUGUACUUACAUACAGUGGCACCAUUUAUUAUUAUACCUUUUUUUUCAUUUUUAGACAGUCAAGCAGUUAUGCUGCAAUUUGGGCUUAUCUGAUUCUAGGAAGAUGUUAUAUAGGAAAAACAAACCUCAUUUUUUUCUUGUACCUAUCUCAUAAAUUGCUGCCCAGUUUGGUGCCAAUUGUUAUCUGUGUAAUUAUCAAUUCAUAUUUUUUGGUAGACAAUUGGCGAACCUAA